CCUCUCCUCAAACCAGAGAAACCAGACGUAAUUUCCCGCAACACUUCCUCAUACUAUACCUGUGUGCCUGGAUGAUCACCGAGCUUAGUUUUACAUUCACCUUUACACAGAGAAACAGAAAAUGAUGGCCUUGUGGGAGGUGCAAGAAGGUUCAAAUAACUCUCUGGGGAAACUCUUGCCAAAACUGAAGAGACUGUUUCACAGCUUGGGAAUUACAGAGGCUUCCCUGUAUCACCUGUUCAACAAGCCCAUACCCGAAGCAGCAGCACCAGAAGCUAACUUGGAAACAAUGUCGAUUGAUGAUUUAUGUCAGUUCAUCCAAACGUUUGAAGAAAAGGUUAAACAUUUCCAUUCUGUUAUUCAAGAAAAUACACCAGACUGUAGUUCUGGCAUCAUUUCCUCAUUCCCAAGUGAAGAUUCUCCACUCACUCUCGGGACCAAUGACAACAACAUUUGUCGUACAAGACGUGCAACAGACUCAGACUCUUCUUUGAACAUUGCAAGAUUGAAGAGAAAUGGUCAGUACUAUUGCCAGGUUUGCUGGACCAAAGGACACGUUCCGCAACAGUCAACUGAAAACACUGUCGCUCAAGCAAGACUGACCAUCCAUGAUAUCUACGAUAUCAUAAAAGUGUUGCCAAAGGAGGCCACCGUGCAUGUUGGACGUCUCUUAAAUCUCACCGAUGAUCAAGUUGAAAAAUGCAUGAAAGAUGAAAAAGAAGAUGAAGUGGAGAAACUGUACAGAAUUAUAAGAGAGCGGGAAAAAAAUGGAAAUCCCACAAAGCAGCAAAUAGUCUUGGAAAUUGAAGAGGCGCUGAUGAGGAUGGACUAUGAGAACAGUUUAAAUAAAUUAAGGCGGAUUUGUUGCAACAAUUGCAAGCGGAUAACAAGCUAGACAAACGGACACAAUCUGUUUUGAAGAACAACUAUGACAAGGAAAAUGUUGUCCUCUCCUCAGUCUCCAAGAAACAUGACAAGAUACACAACCAGACUACAAAACCACAAUAUACGUGCCAUUUGCAACAGGGUGGUAUGUGGUCAAAGAGCAAAAUGAUUUUGAGGGACCCUGAAUGUUAUAGCGAAGCAUUGCUCGACGUGGCUCUCCAAGUAAAUGAAGAAGAUGAAAUGGAAAAGCUUAACAAUGGAAAGAGCAGCAUGGAUGUGAGAGAUAAACUGACCUGGGCCCAUACAAUUCUUGUUCCCCCAUUAUAGACAUGAACUGAUGAAUUACCAGGUAUUAGGUAUAAGGUGCCCCUCCUAUUUUGGUGUAUACAUUAUCUCAAACAUAUAUAUAUAUAUUAUAUAAGUGAAGGUAUCAAAUCAAUAUGAAAUAACAUCCCAAGACUUGGUUGGUCUGUUUCACAAUGACUUCCAAAUUCUGCACACCUUUCUAGAACAACCCUAACAACCCAGAACUUGGCUGGUGAUCAACACACAGAGUGGGAAGCAGUGAUUUUCAGGCAAGAGACUGCCCUCUUUGACCCAACAACAUCAUUAAAAUGAACAUGUGUUGUCCCCAGUCUCAGUCUCAGUGAUUCUUACUAAGGAUUUAUUCUCCGUGCUCAGCUCCAGCCUUUUCCCAGUUACUUUCAAAACCUCUGCUUGCCUUUGUGACUGCUCUACGUUCUUUCAGAAGUCACGUGGUGGAGGACUUUCAGGAUUAUUAGAGGUGACUAAAGGGUUUCUGUAGGGUGUUGUUGAGGGUGCUCACCCAACCUCACUGUAAUAAAUCUUGCAACGUUUAUACCAGGUCUUGUAGCUCUUAGCAACCGAUUAGAUGUUUUCUUUUGAUCAGGUGACCAGGAAAUGCUACCUACUGAUCAGUAUGGGUCAUCAGAUUACAUAUAACUUUUAUUACACUGCACCGUGAUUUAUAUUAAUGUUAUCUCUUCCUGGUUACAGGUUUCUACAAACAUCUUCUCAAAUCUUCAUUCAUAAUUUGCUUGAUAUUAUAUUCAAGCCAUGACACUAGGAACUUGGUUUAUAGCUCUUUCUUUUCUUGUGUAACUUUCUAGAAUAACCCUACUGCUGGAGCAAAUCUUUCCUUUGUGUAUAAUCCAUGUUAACAAAACUAGUCAACCCCAAGGUUGCUUACUGGAGGGGAAUUUGCCAAGACCUAUGACCCCCUUAAUACCACUGCUCACAUUUUACUCUGUCACCACCAUGUGAUAUUUUGAAUCAGUAAAGACAUUGCACAUCUACACCAGAUUUAUGGACCCAUUUGUAAGUACGAUGCUGCUCUUAAAAUGAGAACUAAAGCUUAACAAAGCAGUAGGGUAGAAAAGUUGAACAAUAUGCUUGGGGCGUCUACAAAAGGCCAAGGCAACCACAGCCCUUUAGCAGUAAAGAUACAAAGAUGCCCCAGUAGCUCCCCAUCUUCUUUUCUGUUGAUUCCCUGCACAUGCUCUUUGCUGCUGUCACUUACUGAGCUUAGGGAGCAACUUACAAGGCUACUGCAUCUAAAGGCUACCGGUUGCAAUGAUUUUUACUCCAAGUAACAUAGUAAGUUAGGUUGA